AUGAUUUGUGAAAUCAAAAACACCCCGAUCUAUUUCCCAUUUGAUAAAAUACAACCAGAACAGAGGCAAUACAUGGAAGGAAUACUCAAUUCAAUAGAAAAUCCAGGACACACGCUUAUUGAAAUACCACCAAGUACUGGUAAGACAGAUGCAUUAAUUGCCUGUACAGUUUCAUAUGCAAUUUGGCAGAAAAAGCAGAAUAAGAAUCGUAAAAUCAUUUACUGUUUGAAUUCCAAGGUGGAAUUGGAUGAUGUUUAUAAGUCGAUAAAAAGGCAAAUUGAGUAUAUGGAUCAAUUUAUAGAAACAAACUUCACGGGAAUGUGUGCUGAUGGAGAUGCAAUGAGGAAAUACAAGCACAAUGAGACAGAGAGCAAUCAGGAAAUAUCACACGGGAUCUACAAUUUCUGUGACCUGAAAAAUAACAAACACAAAAAUGAACAAAUCAAUUCAACAAUGAUGCAAAGUGUUCUAGAAGUGUGUGAUUGUAUUAUAUUCACAUCCGAUUGUUUGAUUGAUAUAGGAAUAUAUUCACUAAUAUCAUGCAAAUUACAAGAAGAUAGCAUAGUAAUAUUUGAUCAGGCACAAAACAUAGAUAACAAGUGUGUGGAGUCAAUGAGCAUACAAAUCACACGUAGAGUAUUGGAAGAAGCAAGAAGUGCCUUGAAAAUAUUUGAAGAUCGAAUUAAAGACAAAUCCAACUUGUACAGAUCAGAAAGAAUGGAGAGAGUUGUUGAUGAGUGUAUUCCAUACUAUUUCAAUAAGAUGAAAAAUGAAGAAGUCUAUGAAUCAACACCAGGAAACAUGAGAAGCCCAAUGCAUGUGAUAGGUGCAAUAAAAAGGUUCAUUGAGUUCCUGAAGACUAAGUUGAAGUCAAGUCACGUUGCAAUUGAUACCGUAGAUGCGUUUCUUGAUAAAAUAGAAGACGUAGUGUGCAUAGAAAGGAAGCAACUACGAUUUUGUUCACAGCGUCUUUCUGUGCUAAAAAGCCAGGCCAACUUCAAUCACGACAAAAUGAGUUCAUUGGAACUGGUUGCUAAAGUAGCCACUUUUCUUGGUCUCCAUUCAAAGGAGUUUUCAGUGAUCUUUGAGCCAUAUGAUGCAAUAACACACGCAUUCAAUCCCACGUUCAGGUUAAGUUGCAAUGAUCCAUCAGUUGGUACCAAACACAUCUUCAGCAGAUUCAGAAAUGUUCUGCUGACAUCCACUGCUCUCUGUUCAACAGAAAUGUAUUCAAAAUUGCUUGAUUUCACACAACUCAAUACCAUCAGAAUAGGCCGAUUUCAUAACAGAAAUGUGGUAACACCACUCAUAAUCACAAAGGGAGACGAUCAGAUGAUAAUUGAAAACAAGCCAUUUGAUUCAAACAGGUUUGCGAUGGAUGAUGUGUUGGUUUCUGAUAAAAAGAAACAUAUUGAUCCAGCAAUAGUGCGAAACUAUGGCAUUUUGCUGCUCAAUUUGUCCAAGACUGUUCCAGACAACAUUUUGGUAUUUUUCCCAAAUUCAGGCUAUUUGGAUGAGAUUCUAUCAGCCUGGACAAACACAGGCGUAAUAGAAGAAAUCACAGCCAACAAGGCCAUUUUUACUGAAACACAAAACAUUCAGGAAACAGCAAUGGCAAUUGGAAAAUACAAAGAAGCCUGUGAUUCAGGAAGAGGAGGUAUUCUGCUUUGUGUUGCACGAGGAAUAACCUCGGAUGGAAUUGAGUUUGCAGGAGGAUACGGUAGAUGCGCUGUAGUCUUUGGAGUGCCAUUUCUAUCCACCAAUUGUGUCAUAUUGAAUGAAAAACUGAAAUUCCUGGAAGAAAGUCGUGGUAUAAAUGAGACUGAAUUUCUGACAUUUGAUGCAAUGCGUCAAACUGCCCAAUCGCUAUCACAAAUCAUCCGUUCACCAUUUGAUUACGGACUGGUGGUGUUGGCUGACACCAAAUUCACUACUUUUGAUAUUUUGAAUUUGCUACCAAAAUGGAUUCAACAAGACGUUGAAAAGGGUAACACGGGUUUGAGCAUUGACAUGGCAAUGAGGGCUGCCCGGGAAUUCUAUAGAGAAAUGGCUCAACCACCAGAUCAGGAAGAGUAUUUGAUUCAUAAUGAGAAUGAGUCAAUGAGAUCAUAA